AUGAGUGCCGGAAUUCAGCUUGAGAAAAUUCUCGCCCAGGAGUGGGCAAGGUUUAAAAGAGAGAUUGAGGCUGCCGCUAAUGAAUAUAAAGCCAAAAUGCAGAAGCUUGAGGAUGCUCAAGGUGACAUCUACCUUAACUUUGAUUCAUUCUCAAAGAAUCUAGAGAAGCAAGUCGAGGUAAAGUGGCAGAAGAAAUUUCACGAGUAA